AUGGUUCCACAUUUCACUGGCCAGAUGGCACAAAAAAGCUCCUGUGACAAGGAUGUCAUCCUGAGUGUUCUUAGUGUCCUCACUGACCUGCUCUCUCUGGGGACCGGCCGGAGGAUUCAGUACGUGAUCAGCAAAGGGGGCAGCGAGGCGCUGCUGCAGGCUCUCGCUGCCGCUGCCCGGACCGAGCCGCCCGACCUCAGCACCCUCCUGCCCCUGCUUCGCCUGCUGGCCAGGGUCGGCCAGCGAGAUAGGAAGUUUGGGCUGAAAGUGCAGAAGGCAGAAGCAACUGAUAUAAUACUGAGCCUCAUAAGAAGAAACCUGGGUCACCACCUGCACCUCAUCCACUGCCUCUGGGUCCUGCGGGUUUGUGCUUCUAAUGUUACCACAGGAACUACGCUUGGCAUCAAUGGAGCCAUGGAGUUGCUUUUCAAAGUCAUCACCCCCUACAGCAAGAGACACGUCAGGACAGUCAGGGCAGCCAUUGAGGCUCUGGCAGCUUUGCUGAAAUCAAAGUCUAACAGCCGACGGGCAGUGAACAGAGGCUACCUGGGUGGACUGCUGAGACUGUAUCAAGACUGGCAUCACAAUGAUGUCUCCAACAACUACAUUUAUAUUCGUAGGGGUCUUCUGCUCUGCCUAAAGCACAUCACCGACAUCCAGCUGGGCAGAGAGACUUUCCUUGGCUCCCGGGGUAUGGAGAUUCUCUUUACAAGCGUACAGGACUGUUUAUCUUGCAAAAAUCUGGAUCCUAUCGUAAACACUGUGACUCAUAUUCUGAGAAAGUGCUACCCCAAGGAGCCUCUGCCUGUGGUGACAGUAAGAAGUUCCUAUUCCUUCCCUCUUCCUGGGAAUGCCAAGGCUGAACCUUCAUGUGAGGGAUCUGAAGGUGACUAUGAAAGUGAUGGAGAUGAAGAGGCUGAAAAAGACCUGGAUAAUGAGGAUGUGGAGAGUAAGGAGGAAGAUUAUGAUUUGGAGACAGAUGUGAACAAAUUGAGGUCGAGGCCAGUGCUUGACCGGCCAGAGGAAGAGCUUGGACAAUAUGAAGCAAUGUGCCCAGAACUUUCCCAUGAUUUUCAGGAGCUUGAAUCAGAGUCUGAGGAAGAGAAGACCUUGGAGGACAGGACUGAGAGGCUUCCCUCUGCUCUCUGUCAUUGCAUUCCCAGUGCUACUUCUGUGAAACAUCUGAACUACAGAUGGAGAAAUCAAAGUGUCACAGAGGCAGGACCAGAUCCAGGGGAAAAGGACUUCAAAGUCCCACUGCAGAGCUGGACAAAGAAGGAGAAAUGCAGAUGGGAUCAAAACAAUGAAAAGAGAGACAUUGGAGAAGCAGCCCAAGGUGUAGACUCCUGUGAAGAGGAAGAUCCAGCCAGGAGUCAUGCGCUUGCUUUGCGUCCUCUCCCAAAAGACGCUGCUUGGUACAAAAAUAUGUUUUACCCUGACUGUGAGGCCUCAAUCAGUCCUAGUCCUGGAGGGAGGCUGGAGAGCUCAGACAUAGUGACAAAUCUUCUGGAGAAACACCAAGGGGAUAUCCCAUUCCACAGCCCUCGCUUCUACGUAGCUAAGGCCAAGUGUGUUAAGUCCAUACUGGACUACAAAGACUUGGCCUUCCCCGAUUUCUGGGGUCACCAGCCGCCUUCUUACAGCAAGCCCAUGCUGGAGCGCAAAUAUGGGGUUCAAAGGGACAAAGUACUAGAUGAUGUUCGCCGCCUAAUCCAGCCAGGUGACAUGAUAGGCAGAACUGUAUUUGAUUUAGACGAGCCCAGUAACUCAAGCCCAAGUGCUCCAGGCUGCCUGACAUUCUUCUCCAAGUUUGAGUCGGGAAACCUUCACAAAGCCAUCCAAGUGCGUGAGUUUGAGUAUGACUUAAUUAUGAAUGGAGAUGUGAACAGCAACCAGCAUCACCAGUGGUUCUACUUUGAAGUCCGUGACAUGAAAUUAGCAGUUCCCUAUCGCUUCAACAUUAUCAACUGUGAGAAGUUCAAUAGCCAAUUUAAUUAUGGCAUGCAGCUGGUCAUGUAUUCCGUGAAGGAAGCUCUCCAGGGCAGGCCUCGCUGGCUUCGGGCAGGCCAUGAUAUCUGCUACUACAAAAACCACUACUGCUGCAGUGCAACUGCAGGAGGAGGUGUGAGAGGAAAGUGCUACUACACACUCACCUUCAGCAUCAAGUUCCCUCAUAAAGAUGAUGUCUGCUACCUGGCCUACCAUUACCCCUAUACCUACUCUACAAUGAUGUCCCAUCUUGAUAUCCUCGAACAGAACAGGAACCUGAAGAAGGUUUACUGGAGACAGCACACACUGUGCCAGACGCUGGGAGGAAAUCUAUGUCCAUUGCUCACUAUCACUGCCAUGCCAGAAUCUAAAAAAAGAGAUGACUUGGAGCAAUUCCGCAAUCGUCCUUAUGUGUUUCUCACUGCCCGUGUUCAUCCUGGUGAAAGCAAUGCCAGUUGGGUAAUGAAGGGGACCCUGGAGUUCCUUGUGAGCAGUGAUCCCAUUGCUGACCUCCUGCGGAAAUGUUUCAUUUUCAAGAUUGUCCCCAUGCUUAAUCCUGAUGGAGUCAUCAAUGGCAACCACCGUUGUUCAUUGAGUGGAGAUGAUCUGAACAGACAGUGGUUGACACCCAGUUCGCAGCUCCAUCCAACUAUUUACCAUGCCAAAGGUCUUCUCUAUUACCUGCGCAGCAUUGGCCGGGCUCCUCUGGUAUUCUGCGACUACCAUGGACACUCCCAGAAAAAGAAUGUUUUUCUGUACGGUUGCAGCAUCAAGGAGACUUUGUGGCAAGCAGGCUGCCUGGUUGACACAGCAGUUAUCACAGAAGAUGUUGGCUACAGGACUCUUCCUAAAAUACUGGAUAGAGUGGCCCCUGCAUUUGUCAUGAACAGCUGCAGCUUCCUGGUGGAGAAGUCUCGGGAGUCAACGGCCCGAGUGGUGGUAUGGAAGGAAAUGGGUGUGUUGAGGAGCUACACCAUGGAGAGCACAUAUUGCGGCUGCAGCCAUGGGCUCUACAAAGGCUUGCAGCUGGGAACUCAAGAGCUGGAGGAGAUGGGAAGCAAGUUCUGCCUUGGUUUGCUCAUUCUGCACCUCAAAUCCCUGCCCUGCAGCAAGAAGGUGAUGGCUCAGGCAGCACGCCUGCUGGAUCUGGAGGAGGAGAUAACAGACCGGGCACAAAGAAGUUGCAACAACAGCAGCCUGGAGACUGAUGAUGAGCCACCUUGUGUGGAAGAAGUCGAUUAUAAUACUGACAGUUGCUCUGAUAGUGAAGAGGACUUCUUGGAGCUGGACCAAGAGAUCCAGGAGUGCCUCUCGUGGGUGGAAGGAGAGACAGAAGAUGCAGGAGAAACCAUGGGACAGACAUGCAACUCCAAAGCUCUCAGGGGGCUCUACAUUUCCAGCCAACCAGCAUCCAACAGUACGGCUCUGCCUCUGCGUUCAACAGCACUUGGGGUGUACAGUGGGUUCAAGAGCAGUCCUGUGUGAACAAGGCUUUGACUCGCAGAGCAGUAAGGAAGUGGGUUACUGCUCAUGUUUGCCUGUUUGCCAGCUUCAGAAUCCUUCCCAAAUGUGUUGCUCCAGCUCUGAAUAGAAAAUUGGCUGUAUGUUUGUGUUAUUUGUAUACAUACUUAUAUUGAUAAUGACUCCUUAUGCUUUGUACACAAGGCAGAGUGAGGGGCCACUGGCCCAGGUGAUAUGGUGUGAGAACAUAGUUGAUUCCUAAACAUAAUUCCCAGUUUUACAGCUGCCUCUGCUAUGUGGUUUCAUACAGGUUGACCUGAGGAAUGGUAUUCUGAGACCAAGGAACCAGAAAUUAUUCUCCUUUUCCUAGUUUAGGCUCUUACAGGAAGCAGCCUUUGCCUAGACAAGUGACAGUCACUGAUGCCUUUGGCCAGAGCUCUCCACUGCCAUUCUUUUCUCUUGAGCUGUAGAGCAUGCAUCCGAUUUCUGUCUGACCACCAUUCUUACAGCGUGUUCAACAGGUUGGGUCAGGCUGUGCAUGCUUUUGAGCUGGUCGUAUCUCAGCAACAGUGUCAGAAAUCCGGUGUGCCAUAGUAAGGAAAGCACCAGUGACAGUACAGAGUGGUCUUCUGGAAACCUCGGCUAAAUUCACCUCUUUGCUGAACUGGAAUGAUCUAGUCCAGUGUAAUCUCAAUUGAGUCACAUCAUGCUUGAACUAAUGGGCCUAAGUGCAGAAUUUGUUUCACAGAUGCUGUGAAAUUAUAUUUUCUCUAUGAGACAUCCUUCCAGCUAAGAGAAUACAGAUACAACAGUCCAUCCUGGAGAGCUAGAGCUACUAUUUAAAGUUAUUGGGAGUGAGAGGGAUUUGGUGCAUUUUAAGGAGUAAAACAUGUUCUUUUGUGGUAGCCAGGGUCCCCCAAUAUUCUGUCAAUAGAUGAGUGAUGGUGGCAAUGUCCAAGAGUGAAUGUAGCUCAAGCAUCAGUACAGUGACUGAUUAUUCUUUGUUAGUUUUAUUGUGGUACCAUGAAGAAAACCUAGUUCAUGGAACAGGACUCCAUUGUGCCAGACAGUAAUAUAGAAUCACAGAAUCAUAGAAUCGUUUAGGUUGGAAAAGACCCUUACGGUCAUCAAGUCCAACUAUAAAUCUAACACUGCCAAGUCCACCUAUAGUAGAAGACAUUACUGGGAGGUUAUAUAUGGGACAUGUUCUACCAGUGACCUCAUAAGGGAGUCAGAACAGCUUCUCUUUCGAUCCCCAAAUGAAAAACAUAAAAUUAAAUUUCUUCUAAAAUUACCUGCAAACAGAUCCUGAUUCCUGAGAACCCAACAUGGGCUGAGGACCCAUGCGUGUGCCUGACAUCCCUAAAGCAUGAAGCCCAUGUCCCUGCAUCUCACACCUCAUAUUCCCUGAACUUCUCAUGUGUCUUAGACUCUGCUGCUGCAAAUGGAGAAUUGCCCUGAAUCCAAAUGGAAUUAAUUACAUGAUGCAAGAGGCUCCUAACUCUGUCACUACUCUAUGAGGCUCAAGGAGAAGGAUGAAUGUAUAUUGUGUUGUAGCAUUACAGCCUAUAAGGCCUCCA